AUGCUGGAGUCUUUCCAGUAUUUUGUUUUUGGCCUUUUCGGGGUCGAUGCAGCCGGUGGCACCUCAAAGCUUACGGUCGACACGCUUCAGGAGGCCUUGCAGAUGGACGUCCUUGUUGGAGUGGUUCUCUUCUUCCACUGCCACGUCCUCUCUCAGGGAGGAAGGCUCUAUUCGACGAGUGAUAUCUGUCGACAGCUGGAGGAGGAGGAGGAGGAGGAGGAGGACUCGCCUCAACCCGAGGAGGGUGCAGCCGACACCUCACCGGAUGUCGAGGUGACGGAGCCUGCGACGACGAGAGAGGCGUCCCGCUUCUCGCUGGUUUCGGCCUCCGCGGAGGAUUGGCGACUUGGCGCAUGGCUACAAGAGAAGUGGUCCGUCGCACGCGAUCAAGUGGUGAGCAGUGCCACACUGCGGAAGCCGGCUUACGACUUCUACACCUACAGGUUCGUGCUCUUGCUAGGCUGCUUCUGCCUGCUGCUUCUCUGUUGGAACUCCCUUGCGGGGACCGGCCGUUCCUUCACGGCUGCUCUUUCGUCCAACAUCUUCAGUGGCACGCAGGUCAUUGCCAUCAUAGCGCUGCUGGCGUGCAUGAUCGCCGAUCGAGCGCUCUACACCUGGUAUACCCAAGAUCGCGUUCUGGCAGAAGGUCAGAGAGCACAGGAGGCGCCAGAGGCUGCCAGCAGAUCGGCUACAGGACCUGAGGAGGAUGGGGCCAUCAGUACAGGAUCACGGAUCUCUCGCCGGCGCAUUCAGAGUCGAGGCCUGCCGAUGCUGACUGUGCUUCAGAUGCUGCUCCUUCUCAGCCAGCUCAUCGCUCUGCAUGCCAUCCUCAUCUCAGCAUGGGCCGUGUGCCCGAGCACUUCAGCUGCCCAAGCCUCAAUGUUGCAAAACUUUGCCCUCCUCUGCUUCUACGUCUUCUACGUGGUCUACUUGAUCCUCUCUGCCUUGCAGCUGAGUUACGACGUGCACAUCGUGCGGGGCGGACUCGGUCUGACCCACAGCGUCGACAUGGUCCCCUGGCUUCUUUUCAAGGUGUACACGACCGUUCCCUUUCUUGAAGAGCUUCGCGUCUUGACCGACUGGACGGUCACAGAGACAUCCAUGAACCUUUUCAUGUGGUUCAAGCUGGAGGACGCCCAGCAGAACCUGUACAAAGUGAGGUGCGACAUGAACGCCCGGAAGUACGUGAAGCCGUAUGCCAAACGCCCCAUCCAUGAGAAGGUGCUCCAAGGUGGUCUCUUCUUGCUCGCCCUGUUUGUGCUCAUUGUUGGACCUGUUACUUACUUCUCGACUGCGAACCUCUUUCUGAAGAGCAACCUGGUCUAUACGGGCUCCUUGAAAGCCAGCUUAGAGGUUGAAGUGGCAGGAGGAGGCAUCAGCCAGCUUCCCUUAUAUGACUCGGCGCAAGCAGACAUAUCCCUUGCCAGCAGUGAAGUGGCCAGGCAGUUCGCCAUCAGCAACCCCAGCGUGGGCAAUGCGGUGGACCUGAACCUACAGAUUGUGAAGUUCCCCAAGUCGGCAGACAAUCUUUGGCUCGUGUCGAACUCCCUGCGCUACCAAGUAGCCAAACAGCUGAGCGACAACCAAACCAAAGCCAACCUGGUCAUCGCCUACCAGUUUCAAGGCAAUCUCACCACGACUGGAAGGGGUCUUGGACGUACCCCGCCUGUGGCCCUCAGCAGCGAGCAGGUACAGACGCUCGCUGAAGCCCUGCAGAACACCUCCUUCGAAGGCGAGGCAUCCAUCGACGUUCCUUGUGGGCUUCAGACCCAGCUGCUGGUGGAUUCGUCGGGACAGGUGGCGGCGAUGGGCACCCACUCGUCAUUGAGCCUGACCUUGUCUUCUGAAGCUGGUUCUGUGCUGCCCUCCUGGUCAAUGGCCGGUGGCUGCAAGCCCUGCCCAUCCCUGGCAGCCCGGCUACAGGGCGUGGAGGAAACAGCUGUGGAAGCCUGCCCCGUCUCCUUCCAAGUGGCCAGCGAAAAGGUGGCUCCCACGCCGGUGGGCAGCGAGAGCUCCAGUGCUUCCUACAGCAUCAUGGGCAUCUACCUAGGUGUUGUUUACACCAUUGGGAGAUUCCUGCGCCUCGUGUUCCAGGAUGCCUCCAAGCGGGUGAUCUACGAGGAGAUGAACGACACGGAGCUGCUGCAGGAUCUUUGCAAUGGCAUCUACAUCUCGAGAAUCACAGGGAACCUGAGGAUGGAAUACAGGUUCUACUACGAGCUGCUCCGGAUUUUUCGAAGCCCCGAGUUGCUCCUGGAUAUCUCCAAGCCAAAAGUGGACACCGGCCAUUUCCCAGCUGCGUCUCCUGGGUGGUCGGGCCAGCUGACAGACGAUGUGCCAAG